CCGGUUGGGCAAGUCCCUGACUGUUUCGCGUUCUCUACCUCUUCGUUUUUCUGUGUCUUGGCGGUCGAUUUUCUCCACGAAUCUCUCGAUGUCAAGCGGUCGCCUGAGUUUGGGUGCAGCAAGCGACGUCAUUGCGGAUGGGAGCUCCGGCGCAGAUAGCGCAAAGGAUGAAAAGCCUAAGAAGAUGGUGGUGGUGGAUUUGGGCAACGGAAGCCAGGUUCUACACAUUCCACGAUUUAUUUCGUAUGAAGAUUCAUGGGGAUAUUUCGAAUACCUUAAUAAAAGCAUCCCUUGGACCCGACCUACCAUCCGCGUCUUCGCUCGAUCGCAUGUCCAGCCCAGAGACACCUUUUAUAUUGCUAGUGAAGGAUUGCCCAACCUUGUUUAUAGUGGACAUCAGCCCCUUGCUCACUCAUGGGAUGAUUUUCCACCACUGAAGGAUAUUUUGGAACAGGUCCACAAAGCGAUUCCAGGAAGCAGCUUCAAUAGCUUACUUUUAAACAGAUACAAAGGAGGCAAUGACUAUGUUGGUUGGCACGCGGAUGAUGAGAAACUUUAUGGACCAACCCCUCAAAUUGCUUCUGUUUCGUUUGGAUGUGAACGGGAUUUUGUCUUGAAGAAGAAACCAAGCAAAAGAGCUAAAGCUAAGUCAGACGAGGGCGAGCCUCCAAACAAGAGAUCGAAAAAGACAAGCAAUGGCAAUCAGCAGCACUCGUUCUUGCUUAAACAUGGCUCGUUGCUGGUAAUGACUGGCUACACCCAAAGAGAUUGGCUCCACUCAAUUCCCAAACGCGCAAAAGUUGAGUCAGUACGAAUAAACCUUACCUUUAGGCGAAUUUUAUGAUCUUAGCAUUUUUGUUGUGCUGAAAGUUUUUGUUUUAAGCAAUGAGAUGUAUAGAAUGCCAGUUGAUUUUGAUCUGAGGUGCCUAGUGAAAGCUGUUGAUCUUUUCAUGGUAGAAGCACCGAUCCUAACUCUAAAUAUUGUGGUUCAACAUAUUUUGAAUUUUGUUGUGGAUUUGUGGGACAGCUGAAUCUCUUUUUGUAGAUAACUGAUAAAUAUUCAAGAGAUUUAAUUCA